GAGCGGGAAGGGGACCUGCAGGGAGCUCUGCCUGCUCCAGGGUGGGAUUUGGCAGCCCUCAGUCACCGUCUGUCAUUGUGGGCCCCCGUGGGAGCCAGCAGCAGCUUGUGGUGGACCUGUGCUUGUGCCAUCUUAUGGUGGUGCCAGGGCCUCGCUGUGUGCCCAGGCAAGGUGAUGGACAGCAGGGGGGAGAUGGAGGUGGUGAGGAGCUCCAAGGGCAGUGCAGCUGGGGAGGUCAGUGUCCACGUGGUCACCACCGAGAGCACGGUGCAGAGCACCCACCUGCCCACCACUGCCUUCAUCAUACCAGCAAACGCCACUGCCAUCAACCUUCCCACGAGCACCUUAGAAAUCCAGCGAUUCCCCCGGGAGCCCCAGAGGAGCACAGGGGCUGAGAGGCCAGACAGGGGAGCAGGGAAUGAGCCCAUCACUGCUGCUGUCAUUCCCCAGAUCAGCGGGGUGCAGACCUGCAGCACAGUCCGUGUGCUGGAGUGGAAAGAUGGGGUGGCAACUUUGCCUGGGAGUAACCUGCGGUUCCGGAUAAAUGAGUACGGCACGCUGAAGGUGGUGAGUGCUGAUAAGCUGCCUCCUGUGGAAGCUGUGAAGGAGGCUCACACAGACAAAGAUGGGGACUCCGAGGUGGCCCCCCCCAGCAGAGACAAUCCUACUGUGGCUCAGGACGUGCCGGAGCAGCCCGCGGUGGAAGGGCUGUGCCACUGCGAUACCUGCGGCCGCAGACACGUGUGGGACGGCGCCCGCGAGGGCAGGGGCUUCUGCAGCGAGCACUGCCACCAGCAGUUCAAAGAGAGGUCUGUCAUUGUGGAAAACUCUGCCAGCAGCACCAAUGCCGCUGAAAUCCUCAAGCCUGUGAAGAAACGAAAGAGGAAGGACUAUCUGAGCCCCUCGGAGGAAGAAUAUGAGUCUGAGCAAAUGGAGGAGAAGCAGGAAGAGAGGAAAAGCUCGGUGGAAGACUGUGCCAUGAGCAAUGUGGAGGCUGAGGCGUGGAACGGGAGCCAGCACGGUGCCAGUGAGGAGAAGAAAGAAGGCUGGUCUUGGGCGUCCUACUUGGAGGAGCAGAAAGCUGUCGCUGCCCCUUUAGAUCUCUUCCAGGAUUACCAAGUAGCUUCCCAGCACAAGAAUGGCUUUAAAGUGGGGAUGAAGCUGGAGGGGAUUGACCCACAGCACCCAUCCAUGUACUUCAUCCUGACAGUGGCUGAGGUCUGUGGCUACCGGAUGCGUCUCCACUUCGAUGGCUACUCCGAGUGCCACGACUUCUGGCUGAAUGCUGACUCCCCUGACAUCCACCCUGCUGGCUGGUUUGAGGAGACAGGGCACAAACUCCAGCCUCCCAAAGGGGUUGUAGGUUAUAAGGAAGAGGAAUUCAGCUGGACAAACUACCUGAAGUUAACAAAGGCUCAGGCAGCUCCUAAGCACCUCUUCAUGGUCCGAAACACUCACGAGGCUUCUCCAGGCUUCAAGGUGGGCAUGAAGCUCGAGGCCGUGGACCGCAUGAACCCCUCCCUGAUCUGUGUGGCCACAGUGACUGACGUGGUGGACAAUCGCUUCCUGGUGCACUUUGACAACUGGGAUGAUACUUAUGACUACUGGUGUGAUCCCAGCAGUCCAUACAUCCACCCAGUUGGAUGGUGUCAUGAGCACGGCAAACCCCUCACACCUCCUCAAGAUUAUCCUGAUCCUGAUAACUUCACCUGGGAAAAGUACUUGAAAGAAACUGGAGCAUCUGCUGUCCCAGCUUGGGCCUUUAAAGUGCGCCCGCCCCACGGCUUCCUGGUCAACAUGAAGCUGGAGGCAGUGGACAGGAGGACUCCUUCCUUCAUCCGAGUGGCCAGUGUGGAGGACGUGGAAGAUCACAGGAUAAAGGUCCAUUUUGAUGGCUGGAGCCACGUGUAUGAUUUCUGGAUCGAUGCGGAUCAUCCGGACAUCCAUCCCAUGGGCUGGUGCUCAAAAACAGGACACCCACUGCAGCCUCCUCUCAGGCCAAAGGAACCAGCCUCCUCUGCCCAUGGGGGCUGCCCAAGCCUGGGCUGCAAGAGCAUCCCUCACUCCAAGAACUCCAAGUACAGCUUUCACCACAGGAAGUGCCCCACGCCGGGCUGCGAUGGCUCAGGCCAUGUGACGGGGAGGUUCACAGCCCAUUACUGCCUCUCAGGGUGCCCGCUGGCAGAGAAGAACCAGGGCAGGCUGAAGGCCGACUUGUCUGACACCGAGGCCUCGACGCGCAAGAGGAGCCCCAUGGGUUUCCCUCAGCGAAAGAAAUCUCGGCACCACGGGAGGUAGGGGCACGGCCAGCAUGCGGGGAGGGCCCCUGUGCCAC